GCCUAAGGAGCUCGGGCCUUAGCUGGUCAGUGGACACAAAGCCAUAUAUUAUGCUACAGACAUUAAGAGAGCAGCAACGCCUCCUGCAGUAUUUACAGUCCACGUGUGGUCCGCCCGCCCGUCCUGCCCCAGUUUCGGUCCAGCCCGAGGCGGUGGCGGCCUAGAUGCUUGACGGACACAAUCAGCCUGGUCUUCUCGCUCCCUGUUCGCUUGCCGAUUCCAGGUCCCGAUCACUAUAAACAAAUGCCACCGGAGAAAAUGCUGAAAUAGAAGUUACAGGUGCAUUGGAUUUGCUGGAUGAAAUACAAGCACUUAAUUUUUGUAACGUGGGGAGAAAGCCAAAAUUGACAGAUUAAUGUGUAAAUCACUGCGUUAUUGCUUUAGUCACUGUCUCUAUUUAGCAAUGACAAGACUGGAAGAAGUAAACAAAGAAGUGAACAUGCAUUCUUCAGUGCGUUAUCUUGGCUACUUAGCCAGAAUCAAUUUACUGGUUGCUAUAUGCUUAGGUCUUUAUGUAAGAUGGGAAAAAACAGCAAAUUCCUUAAUCUUGGUAAUUUUUAUGCUUGGUCUUUUUGUUCUUGGAAUUGCCAGCAUACUCUAUUAUUAUUUUUCAAUGGAAGCAGCAAGUUUAAGUCUCUCCAAUCUUUGGUUUGGAUUCUUGCUUGGCCUCCUAUGUUUUCUUGAUAAUUCAUCCUUUAAAAGUGAUGUGAAAGAAGAAUCUACAGAAUAUUUGCUUCUAACUUCCAUAGUGUUAAGGAUAUUAUGCUCUUUGGUGGAGAGGAUUUCUGGUUAUGUCCGUCAUCGACCCACCUUACUAACCACAGUUGAAUUUCUGGAACUUGUCGGAUUUGCCAUUGCCAGCACAACUAUGUUGGUGGAAAAGUCUCUGAGUGUCAUUUUACUUGUUGUAGCUUUGGCCAUGCUGAUUAUUGACCUGAGAAUGAAGUCUUUUCUAGCUAUUCCAAACUUAAUAAUUUUUGCUGUCUUGUUGUUUUUCUCCUCAUUGGAAACUCCCAAAAAUCCAGUUGCUUUUGCCUGUUUUUUUAUUUGCCUGAUAACUGAUCCUUUCCUUGACAUUUAUUUUAGUGGACUUUCAGUGACUGAAAGGUGGAAACCAUUUUUGUACCGUGGAAGAAUUUGCAGAAGACUUUCAGUCGUUUUCACUGGAAUGAUUGAGCUUACAUUUUUUAUUCUUUCAGCAUUUAAACUUAGAGACACUCAUCUCUGGUAUUUUGUAAUACCGGGCUUUUCCAUUUUUGGAAUUUUCUGGAUGAUUUGCCAUAUUAUUUUUCUUUUAACUCUUUGGGGAUUCCAUACCAAAUUAAAUGACUGCCAUAAAGUUUAUUUUACCCACAGGAUGGAUAACAAUAGCCUUGAUAAAAUCAUGGCAUCCAAAGGGAUGCGUCAUUUUUGCUUAAUUUCAGAACAGUUAGUUUUUUUCAGUCUUCUUGCAACAGCAAUUUUGGGAGCAGUUUCCUGGCAGCCAACAAACGGAAUCUUCUUGAGCAUGUUUCUGAUUGUUUUGCCGUUGGAAUCCAUGGCUCAUGGGCUCUUUCAUGAACUGGGUAACUGUUUAGGAGGAACAUCUGUUGGCUAUGCUAUUGUGAUUCCCACCAACUUCUGCAGUCCUGAUGGUCAACCAACACUUCUUCCACCAGAACAUGUACAGGAGUUAAAUUUGAGGUCUACUGGCAUGCUUAAUGCUAUCCAAAGAUUUUUUGCGUAUCACAUGAUUGAGAUCUACGGAUGUGACUAUUCCACAAGUGGACUGUCUUUUGAUACUCUACAUUCCAAACUGAAAGCUUUCCUGGAACUUCGGACUGUGGAUGGACCCAGACACGAUACGUAUGUUUUGUAUUACAGUGGGCACACCCACGGUACAGGAGAAUGGGCCCUUGCAGGUGGAGACAUACUACGCCUUGACACACUUUUAGAAUGGUGGCGAGAAAAGAAUGGUUCCUUUUGUUCCCGGCUCAUUAUCGUACUAGACAGUGAGAAUUCAACCCCUUGGGUAAAAGAAGUGAGAAAAAUCAAUGACCAGUAUAUUGCAGUGCAAGGAGCAGAGAUGACAAAGACGAUAGAUAUUGAAGAAGCUGACCCACCACAGCUGGGUGACUUUACAAAAGACUGGGUAGAAUAUAACUGCAACUCCAGUAAUAACAUCUGCUGGACGGAAAAGGGACGCACAGUGAAAGCAGUGUAUGGCGUGUCAAAACGGUGGAGUGACUACACUCUGCAUUUGCCAACGGGAAGCGAUGUGGCCAAGCACUGGAUGUUACACUUUCCUCGCAUUACAUAUCCACUGGUGCAUUUGGCAAAUUGGUUGUGUGGUCUGAACCUUUUUUGGAUCUGCAAAACUUGUUUUAGGUGCUUGAAAAGAUUAAAAAUGAGUUGGUUUCUUCCUACUGUGCUGGACACAGGACAAGGCUUCAAACUUGUCAAAUCUUAAUUUGGAACCCAAAGUGGAAUGUUACUGAGAGUUCAUACUACCAGUUAUCACUAACUUGCCAUUUUUUGUAUAUUGUAUUUUUAUUUGUAAAAAGUAUCCUGCUACUUCUGUCACUGCUCUCAUUUUGUCUUUUCUCAAGUAAUUAUGGUAUAUGUAAGGUGUUGGGAAUAAGCAUUCUUUUACACUAAAAGUAUGUAGGGAGUCACAAAGGCUGACUUUGUAAAUGCAUAAGAGAUGUUAAAAGUAACAAUGCACUUUGAGGAAUGUUUGCAUAUACCUCUGAUUGGAAAGAAGACACUUGUCUCUGCUCUAAAGUGGCCACUGAAGAAUUAGUAAUGCCUUAUUUUCUAGGCAUAGACUAGAGAAUAUAAACCAGACAAUUUGUUUACUAUUAUAAGAAAACUACCAACUUGCAUACAGAAGAUUAUUUUUUGUGAACAGUAGGUUUGAGUCCAAGACCAUCUGAAGAAUUACAAAAGGAAGAAGUGUGCUUGAAAUGAAUGCAAAAUUUGCCUAUCGUCCAUCACAUUUACAUGUCUUGGUUGUGACCUGUUACCAGUAUCACAGAGAAGCCCAAAUCACUGUUUAGGUCAGAACAUUCUUCAUGUAGGUGACUGUAAGAAGCUAGAGCCUACAAAUUGCUCCUUCAUGCAUUGUUGGGAGCCUUUGAAAGCAAUGGCAAUUUUAAGUCUUUCUCAGGGUAACAAUAUUUUCUUAAUGAACAAUGUUUUCAACUACAAAUUCCUUCCAAGUAAAUUGUCUUCCCUUUCAAAAAGUAAUCUUAUGAAAUAAAUUUAGCAAUUUCUCAUUGAUUUAAGCUAUUUUCAAUAUUCAGAAAUGAUUUUGAGCUCUAUAGAGUUAAUGGUCUGCCAUGAAAACUAUUUUUCAAAUCCUCGUUAGUGGUAACAUUUUUUCCUACUGAAGGUCAAAAAGGAUUGGAAACAGGUCAUUUUUUUCCAUGUAUACAUGUGAUGUAUUAUGUAAAAAGUAUUCAUACUGGCAAUUUUAGUUAAGCAUAAUGGUGUGGUUGUAAUUUUUAGAACUUAAUUCAGUGUUUUAUCUGAUUAAAGCAGGCUUGGAACAGGUUAUCUCCUAAGAGGUAAUUUACCUCCUAUUCUGUUCCAGUAAUCCUUACAUUCUAAAUUUUCAUCUGUGGGAAGUAACAAGAAGGGAACAGAAUUAAACUGGGGGAUAAUCUUUGUUGUUUAAAUGGUGUGACUUCUCACCAUUGAAGCCAUUUUUCCAGCCUCAGAGAGAGGAAAUAAUGCCUCUACCAUUUGCUACCUGGUGACUUGAAAACUGAAGUUUUAGUUAGGAAGAAGUCACUUAGCUAGCAUCAGGGAACUUGUAUACCACUAUCUAUGCAGCAUUGUUAUAUAGUCCGAUUAUUUCUAUGUUGUGAGUAUAAUUUUCCUAAUGUUUUGAAUAAAAUUUUCUCAAAAUUUAUUUCCAUAAAAUGUAAAAAUAAGUUAUUGAAUAUUUUAGUGCAUUAAAAUUGAUAAUCAUAAGAAUUGUCAAUGGAGCUCAUGGUUAGUAACAGAUUGAUUUGAAAUUUACCAAUAUUUGGUUACAUAUAUAUAUAUCAAUAUCAUCCAAAUGAAAUAAAGUAUUUAAUUAUUAUUCAGAAAUACUGUAGCGGAAAAGCCAGGCGUUAAGAUUAUGAGUUUACAGCUACAAAAAACAGUUAACAUUAAGUGGAAUCUCCUUUUAAAUUCUUGAGCCAGUAAUGAGUAAAUUAGCUUUAAAGCAUAUCUCUUUACUGAGAAAGGCAAACGUCAAAGUAUAUCCUGCAGUGUUUAUAAAGUGGCAUUAACAUUUUACUAAAAAUCACAUUCAAAAGGUAGGAGACAACAUGCUUAAGAAUUCCAGCCUGGCCUGCCUAGUGGCCUACCCUACGGAUGUCACACUCGCCCUACCCAGUCCAACAAUCAUGUAGCCAGUUUGUUGCAAUAAAUCUCUUAGUAUUAUUAUGUCAAAAAAAAAAAAGUAGCAGACAUUUUUAUAACCAUAAAGCUAAUGUUUUGAUAUAUAUUUUCUACGAAAGUAUAGCUGAAAAGGGUCUGGGCUAAAAAUGUGACUUGAGCCAAUUUAUUAACCAAAAAGUUAUAGAAUAUCCACUUUGGUGAAUUCUCCUACCCCCAAAAAACCAAAAAACUAUAAAUUAAACUAUAAAUUAAAGAUGCCAGUUUUAAAACAUUAAGUGAUAGUAUGGAGAAGGAAUAUUACAGGAAGGACAAAUUCACUGGUUACUUUUACCUAAAAAUUAAACAGAUGUGACAAUGAGACUAAUAACAGCUUUCAUUUUAUGUAUCAUAUGUUUAGGAAUUGGAGUGAUAAAAAUUGAUAGGGCAAAAUUUUACCAUUCCAGUAAAAAAUAGAUAAAAUGGAGAUUUUUUUCAACAGAAUGUUGACUGAAUUUGCUUCCUUAUAUGAUACCUUGCUGAAACCACAAAAACACCCUCCUAUAAAAACAUCUUUUUAAAAAGUGUACACUGUUAUGUGAUAAGUUAAUGAGCCAAGCUCUUGUUUUCCUGUAACUUCAGUUAUGCUAUUAUUUCAUUCAGCAUUGUUUUAAUUUUGCUCUGACUAAACUCUUCCUGAGAUACUUGGAUUUAUCUUUACAUAGCUUUCUAUCUCACUCCUCUUAGUACUAAAUCCUACAAAAAAAAAAAAAGACCUUUUUGAGAAAAUCAUUUUUAUGACCAGUGUUCUAAUUAAGUUAUAUGCUUUUAAGAAGUUACAUUGCUGAUUAAAAGGCAUUUAUAUUUAAUGCA